GUAUUUUUAGUAGAGACGGGGUUUCUCCAUGUUGGUCAGGCUGGUCUCGAACUCCUGACCUUGUGAUCCUCCCUCCUCGGCCUCCCAAAGUGCUGGGAUUACAGGCGUGAGCCACCGUGCCUGGCCAGGAGGUCACUUUAAGGAGGGCUCUCCAACUGCAAGGACGCUGUAAGCAGGAAGUGAAACCACGGCGCUUCAAAAAAAGAGGGAGACUGGGACAAGCGUAUCUAAGAGGCUGAGCAUGAAUCCACAGAUGAGAAAUCCGAUGGAGCGGAUGUAUCGACGCACAUUCUACUACAACUUUGAAAACAAACCCAUCCUCUGUGGUCGGAGCUACACCUGGCUGUGCUACAAAGUGAAAAUAAGGAAGGACCCCUCAAAGCUCCCUUGGGACAAAGGGGUCUUUCAAGGCCAGGUACUACCCAAACUUCAAUCGAAUCACAGGCAGGAGGUGUAUUUCCAGCUUGAGAACCACGCAGAAAUGUGCUUCCUCUCUUGGUUCUGUGGCAACCAACUGCCUGCUAACAGGUGCUUCCAGAUCACCUGGUUUGUAUCAUGGAACCCCUGCCUGCCCUGUGUGGCGAAGGUGACCAAAUUCUUGGCUGAGCACCCCAAUGUCACCCUGACCAUCUCUGCCGCCCGCCUCUACUACUACCGGGCUAGAGAUUGGCGGAGGGCGCUCCGCAGGCUGCAUAAGGCAGGGGCCCGUGUGAAGAUCAUGGACUAUGAAGACUUUGCAUACUGCUGGGAAAACUUUGUGUGCAAUGAAGGUCACCCAUUCAUGCCUUGGUACAAAUUCGAUGACAAUUAUGCAUUCCUGCACCACCAGCUAAAUGAGAUUCUCAGAAACCUGAUGGAGGUAACGUAUCCACACAUAUUCUACUUCCACUUUAAAAACCUACGGAAAGCCUAUGGUCGGAACGAAACCUGGCUGUGCUUCACCAUGAAAGUUAUAAAGUGGCCCUCACGUGUCUCCUGGAAGAGUGGCGUCUUCCUAAACCAGGUGGAUCCUGAGACCCAUUGUCAUGCAGAAAGGUGCUUCCUCUCUUGGUUCUGUGACGACAUACUGACUCCCAACAAAAACUACGAGGUCACCUGGUACACAUCUUGGAGCCCUUGCCCAGAGUGUGCAGGGGAGGUGGCGGAGUUCCUGGCCAGGCAAAACGUGAAUCUCACCAUCUUCACCGCCCGCCUCUACUACUCCUGGAAUACAGAUUACCAGGAGGGGCUCCGCAGCCUGAGUGAGGAAGGGGCCUCCGUGGACAUCAUGGAGUACAAACACUUUAAAUAUUGUUGGGAAAACUUUGUGUACAAUGAUGAUGAGCCAUUCAAGCGUUGGAAGGGACUAAAAACCAACUUUCGAUUUCUGGAAAGAAAGCUAUGGGAGAUUCUCAAGUGAGGGGUCUCCCCGGGCCUCAUGGUCUGUCUCCUCUAGCCUCCUGCUCAUGCUCUGCGGGCCUCCCCUCCACCCUGGAUCAGCUGUGCUUUUACCUGGUCAUCCUGAGCACCCCCGGCCUCAGGGCCAUUCCAUAGUGCUCCCCUGCCUCACCACCUCCUCCCGGCUCUCCCAGGCUCUUCUUGCAGAGGCCCUCCAUCCACCUCCCCAGUCCUGUUCCCCCAGCCUGGGUGCCCCUAACCUGACUCUUCCCAUCUCCCCAGCGUAACCAAAUCUUUUUUUUUUUUUUUUUUUGAGACGAAGUUUCGCUCUGUUGCCCAGACUGGAGGGCAAUGGUUGG